AUGGCGCCUCACGGUCACGGCCCGGACAGUGAAACGGCGGCGCCCGAGUGGCGCGGCACCGUGCGCGCCGCGGCGGCGGGGCCGACGCCCGACCAGGCGUGGGCCCUGCUGGGAGACUUCUGCUCCCUCGACAAGUGGGUGUCGCUGGUGCAGACGUGCCGGAGGCUGGAGGGCGACGACGGCCGGCCCGGGUGCGUCCGGUACUGCGCGGGGCCGGUGAACAUGGCGGCGCCGGGGGAGGCGGUCGGCUGGUCCAAGGAGCGGCUCCUCGAGGUCGACGCCGCGGGGCGGUCCUACAGCUACGAGGUGGUGGAGACCAACAAGGGGUUCGGCCGGUACCGGGCGACCAUCGGCGUGGAGCCCGACCCGGCCGGGUGCGCGGUCAGGUGGUCGUUCGAGGCCGAUCCCGUCGAGGGGUGGACGCUGGAAGGCUUCGUGGGUUUCCUGGAGAAGCUCGCGCAUGGCGUCGCCAAGAGGCUCGAAGAGGAGAUCAUGGCGAACGUCGAUGGUGAUCCUGCUGCUUUGCGAGUAUUUUGA